AUGUCUGAAUUUUCCGAGUCGUUGCUCUCGCGCACCACCAAGCGAGGCAUGGUACGAAUGGACGACAACGACGACGACAGUGGCUCUUCGGCCCUGCUAUCAGCACACACAACCGGCACUGAAGGCACGGAGGAAGACAAGGGAGAAACUCGCCCCACGGAGGAUGACAAGAGUGUGGACAAGGUGCCUACCACAUCCGAAGAGCAACACAGCAACGAAGAAGAUCCGUCUACUCAAGGUCUGGAUGCUACACAGCUGCCGUUGCCUCUUCUUCGCCACACCCAGGAGUUUCUGACGUCUCUACUGGAACGCAAGUAUGCCACGCCGCUAAAGCCCGACGAAAUCUCGGACCUGUUCCACAAGUUCUACGCGCGGUUUCACGAAAAGGCCACGCAGUACUGCGCACAAGCAGCCCUGGAGAGGACGAAGGAUCAGCAGAUGGAAACGUUCCAGGAGAUGGCGGCCCGCAAGAAGCAACGGGAGGCACGUGAUGUGCAGGUGGGGGUGUACGACCAGCUGGCAGAGGACCUGGUGUGCGAUUCUGUCUACGAUAAGCUGUUCAUCAUGUCGUCGACCAUCUCGUCCGACAAGGCGCACAACAGCUUUCUGCGGGACCGGAUCAGAGCUCUCAGUGAAGUGGGAGUGGGCAUGGACAAUUUGGAACUUAAGAUGAGUGGCGUAACUCCUGACAACGAGGUGGAAGACAGAAAGAGAGAGGAAAUCAAGGAUCAAAUCAAAGAGGAAGAGCCAGAGAAGGAUACAGAGAACUCGGAGGGGGAUAAGGAUACUGCAGACUUCGAUGUUGAUGGUAAAGAAACAGACUCGAAGGUUGAUGGCUUCACUACAACCAAGGAUGAGAAUAAGAACACUACCGACAUUCCAGAAACUGAGAACAAAAAGGAGACUCCAGAAACACAGAAGGAUGGAACUUCGAAAUCCGACAAAUCUGAAAAACCAAAGAAUGGAAAACAUGAGAAACCAGACUCUUCCAACAAAAAACACAAACGACCCAACAUUUCAGAGAGCGAAUUUAAGCAGAUGCUGCGCCCUGCUGGAGACAUUCUUCUCGAGAUGAACAACUCGCACACCCCCCGAGAAAAGUUGGAGAAGUUAGUCCAGGCACAACAAAACAUUGUGGAGACUCUGACGUCUAUUGUCGCAGCUUCUACCAAUGCCGAUUCCAUGCUUCCAGCUCUCAUUUACACUCUGGUUAACGAACGAACUCCCAAUUUGUGGGCCAACCUCAUGUUCAUCAAGCGAUUCCGACGAAGCUCUGGUCUUCAGGGCGAAUCCUUGUAUUGUCUGACUAACUUUGAGGCAGCCAUUACGUUCCUGGAAAGUGUGCUACCCCACGAGAUUGGCAUUGACCUUGAUAACGUGGCUCCCAACAUUGAUAUCAGCGCUCUGGUUCAGCCCUGGCAAGUUCCACGGCGCCAUUCGAUCGCCAGUGGCAAUAACACACCCACCAGACCCACAAAUGCCGCUCGAAGAACUAGUGUCAUGAACACGGUAGAGUAUGCCCAAAGUGCAGUUUCCAAUGUGGCUGAUAACGGCAUUCGGGUGACACUGGGAGGCACCCUGGAGACGUCCUACAAGUUCCUCAUGGGCAAGUUUUCUUCUCAGCCACAGCAACAGACGCUCGAAGAAGUGCGUAAGGCCACUGGACUCGAGGCUGAACAGCAGUCGCAGCAUUCGAACAACUCGUCGGCUUCUUCCACUCACAGUGCCGAGCUCAAUCUGGCUGACGCUGCUGCCUCCGGCCGAAAUAGAGGCAACUCCACUAGCAAUAGCAUUCUGCGUAGCCUGGGCAAUCGAAAGCGGUCUUCCACCGCUGGCUCACAAAAUUCGCUGCAAUCCGUGGCUUCAAACACUUCCGGACGUCUCUCGACCUCCGGAAACGUGCCCCGAUCGAUCUCCAUGGACCACCUAGCGACAGAGGAAGACGCAGAGCAGCCCACGUCGCUGUCUGGACGACUAGGCGGAGUCAUUCGCAACUUCAGAAGCUCCACACCAAACCACAGCACACGGUCGCCCAACUCCGGCUCUCCUAUCCGAGAGGCCCGAGGCACUAGCAUUUCCAGCACGUCCGAAACCGAGUUCAUGCCCAAGAUGAUGCCCCAUAUUGCUCCUCCGCUGCAAAAUGUGGUUGGAGCCACCUCUUCCACAGAGCUGACUCUGGGCGACGUGGACGCCAUGUUCCACGAUUAUAAGCGUCUGGUCCAGCAUCUCAACGAGAUUGGCGCUUUCAAAGACAAGGACACCCAUUAG